AUGGGGUCAUCGGAAAAUAUGGAUUCCGGCAAGGUGACCGGACAGAAAUCUCAGUUUUCUCAGACUUGUAACCUUUUGAGUCAAUUCUUGAAGAAAAAAGGUUCUGUUGGAGAUCUUAAUAAUCUUGGUAUCUACAAAACUACUUUUGAAUCAACUGGAUCUCAACAAACAGCUACUACCACCACAACUACUAUGAAUUUGUUACCAAUGAUUGAGAAAUCAAGUGAUUCAUCGUCGUCAUCGUCGUCCGUUGAAACAAAUCCUCAAAAACCCAUGAAUCUUUUCCCUCAAGAAUUUGAUUUCUCCAAAGAACAAUCCACAAAAAAGACAGAAUCUUGGAAACCUGAUCAACCAGAGAAGGCACAAAUGACCAUUUUUUAUGGUGGACAAGUCAUUGUUUUUGAUGAUUUUCCAGCUGAUAAAGCAAAUGAAAUCAUGAAGUUAGCCAACAAACAGAACCCCACAAACAAUUUCACUUAUCCUAUGAUCAAGAAUCAAAAAACAGCUGAUCAAUCUGGUGUGAGUUUUGGUAACAAAUUGAUUCAAGAACUUCCUAAACUGUCAAUGCCACAGCCUUCUGUUGCUGAUUUACCAAUCGCGAGACGGAAUUCACUUACAAGAUUCUUGGAGAAAAGGAAAGAUAGAGUAACAUCAAUUGCACCAUACCAAAUCUCCAACAACAAGAAAUCCAAGAAUGAGGAUAACAAAGCAUGGUUGGGAUUAGGUGCUCAAUUUGUUAAAACUGAGCAAUAUUUCUAG